AUGGACAAGCCAACGUAUCAUAAACAUAAUUCUUCUCAGCAUUCUGUAUCCUCUAUUCCUAAUUCUGUAACUAAUAAAAUUGAAACCGGUUCGUUUAUCGAAGAUAUAUAUGAGGAAAAGGCAAAUAUCUCAUAUGAUACAGAUAAAAAUUCAUCAAACAUCCAUCAAGAGCGUCCACAGCAUCGUCAACAUAUUCCAGAGCAUAUUCGUAUACCUGUAGAUAAUAAACAAACAUAUUCAACUCGAAUGAAGAACUUAGGGGAACAGAUGACAGUUGCCUUUGAGGCUAUUUUAGCCCCCUUCAUGAAAGUAAUUCGAUUCUUACAGCGAAGAACAAAUCUGACAUUUUGGAUUAUUUUGGCAAUGGUUAUUGGUAUUUUAAUAGGUCAAUUUGCUCCAGCUGCAGGAAAGGAAAUUAAGCCUUUAGGUGAUGCAUUUAUAUACAUGAUUAAGAUUAUCAUUGUCCCUCUUGUAUUUAGUGUCCUUGUCAUCGGUAUUGCUGGUCAUGGUGAUGAUAUUGGAAAAGUGGGAAAAUUAGCCGUUAAAACAAUUAUUUAUUUUGAAGUAGUUACUACACUCGCACUUGCAAUUGGUUUAAUUAUGGCAAACAUUAUAAAGCCAGGUGUUGGUGUUAUACUGCCAAUAGGAGAUGAUAUUUCUGCAGUCGAAGCAUUGGCUGAAAAAGAGAGCACUUCAAUUACUUGGGCAAAUGAAAUGUUUUUAAUUAUUCCUGAAAGUUUUUUUAAAGCUGCAGUUGAGAACAAGGUACUAGCUAUUGUAUUCUGUGCUGUUAUGUUUGCAUGUUCCAUGAUGAAAGCUGAUAAACAAAGCAAGAAAUUUAUGCUUAAAGUGAAUGAAUCUCUCUCUCAGGUUAUGUUUCAAUUUGUUGGAUUAGUUAUGAACUAUGCACCUAUUGGAGUAGGCGCUGCAUUGGCUGCUACCGUUGGAGCGAAUGGUAUUGGUGUCUUGGCUAAUCUUGGUAAACUCAUUGGUUGUGUCUAUGCUUCGUUAGUUAUAUUCUUAAUUAUUGUCUUAAUCCCUAUCAUGUUUCUUGCCAAAAUUCCUGUUCUACCAUUUUUUAAAACCAUAGCACAGCCUUGGCUAUUGGCUUUUAGUUCUGCAUCAAGUGAAUCAGCUCUUCCUAUGGCAUUUGAACGUAUGCGUGCAUUUGGUUGCACAAACUCACUUACAGGCUUUGUUAUUCCAUGGUAA